UUUGACGGCGCAACAUUUAAACUGCAUAUAUCAUUUAAAUCAAGCCCUAUAACUUAAAUAAUCAAUUAAAAAAUGAAUUCGUAACACGAAAGGAAAGCAAGAUAUUUUGUUGAUCCAAGAAAAUCAUACACAUUACAAAUAACUGUCUAUACUGCUCCUAAGUCAUAGCUUGAAAAACUAUCAAAAUGAGCAAUAUCGAUUUGGACAAGCCGCGCUACGACCAAAGCACGUAUACAGGUCGCGCGAAACACUUUCUCAGGCUCACGAAUCCUCUCAACGUCUUCGCAAGUGACAAGGAUCUCGAUGAAGCUAAGAAGAUUGUCAACGAGUACAGGAGGUCUCGUCGGAUGCCAUCCGGGUACGACGCAGACAAGCUAUGGGAGAAGAAAUAUUUGUAUGACAGUGCCUUUCACCCGGACACUGGAGAGAAGAUGUUUGUGCUAGGCAGGAUGUCGGCACAGGCCCCCAUGAAUACACUUAUCACUGGCGGUAUGAUAACAUUCUACAAGACGACACCAGCGACAGUAUUCUGGCAAUGGUUGAAUCAAACAUUCAACGCACUCGUCAACUACACCAAUAGAUCUGGUGAUGCACCGAUCAGUACCACGCAACUUUUAGCGUCCUACUGCGCGGCUUGCGGCGGAGCUCUCAGCACGGCUCUAUUCCUCAAUAGCAAAGUUAAGAACAUGCCGCCAAUAUUCGCUCGCCUUGUGCCUUUCGCGGCGGUAUGCGGUGCUAACUUUAUCAACAUUCCUAUGAUGAGAAGCAACGAGCUGAUGGGAGGUACGCCUGUGUUUACGCCGGCGGGAGAUCGCAUUGGGGAGUCGAAGCGCGCGGCGCAGCUCGGCAUCAUGCUCGUCUGCAUCUCACGCACGUGCAUGGCUCUGCCCGGCAUGACUUUAACACCCAUUCUAACGAACAUAGCGACGAAGCGCGGCAUGUUCUGCAAGAGUCCCAUGAUGGUGAUACCCUUCCAGCUGGGUCUGGUGGGUCUCUGUGUGGUAUUCGCCACACCACUAUGUUGCGCGCUGUUUGAACAGCAAGCGUCUAUCGGAGUCGACAAAAUUGAACCCGAAUUACAGAAUGUCGUGAAGAGGAAAUGCCCUUCUUGUAAAGUUGUUGUUUUCAACAAGGGCUUAUAACAGUCUGUGAAACAUUUUAUAUUAAUACGUUAUUGAAUAGUAUUUUUUUUUCGAUGUGCUUUUAACAAAAUUAUACGAAUGCCUUAAUAAUUGUAAUUUUCAAUUAUUUAUUUAAGUUAUUACAUAAUAUGGACUGUAUUUAUUAUCAUCGAAAAUUGGGUUUUGUACAUUUAACC